AUGCCUCAAAAAAUAGGGCCCAACGAUGCUAAGAACUACGAUAAAUGUAAGGACUGUCCGAACAUGGCUUGCAAAGAAAUUUCCUCAACUUCAGCAACGAAUAAGAUCCCUAGAGGAUGCAGUCCAAAAGCUCGUUCCUCAUCUCUUGAUCACUUCAUGAAACCAAUAUAUCAGUAUCAGUACGCAACCAUGUGUGCGGCGUACUGCUCAUAUAAUUUGACCUGCUACAGGCUGGCGGUGACAAAAGAAAGAACUCCCCUGAACGACGCGAUGAAGACAUUCGUUUCUAAUCUCCUGAUGACUUCAAGAAACCAAAAAUCGAUAUCAGUGGGCAACCACGCGUGCUGCAUACUGCCCUAUAAUUUGGCCUGCUAUAGACUGGACGUGAAGAAAGCAGUUUCGUUCCCAGCCGAUCCCAGAAUUGGA